AUGGGUUCAUCUCUUUUAUGGUUCGAGAAUUGGAUAGGAUUAGAUUUAGCUGAGUAUAUUCAACAUAAUAUAAAGCCUCCAGUUCAUGAUGGGAUGUUGGAUGUACCUGUGUGGAAGCUUGAACUAAGAGGUGAAUUUAGUGCUAAGUCUGCAUGGGACUAUAUGAGGAGAAGAAGAGAUCCAAGCACUGCAUAUAGGAAUAUAUGGACAAAGGGGAUGUCAUUCAAAGUAUCAUUCUUCAUGUGGAAGGUUUGGAAGAAUAAAUUGCCAUUGGAUGAUUUCUUCAAAAGAAAAGUGUGGCAUUAUUUUCUAGCAGCUGCAGGAAUUGCCGUGGAAGGAUUGACUUUCUAUCAAGCUAUUAUGAAAUGUUGGACCGUACAGGCUAUUCCAAGGGUGAUAUACCAGAUCUCAACAAUGCUUCAAUUACUGGUGAAAUAUAGGAAACCAAGCAUGCAGAAUAUCCCACACAAAUGGCCAGAUUUAGUAAGCAUGAUGAAGCAGUAUACUCCUAAGUUGAAAUAUACUAAAGUGCUAUGGGAACUUCCUGAGCAAGGUUGGAUAAAAGAUAAUACAGAUGGUGCAUCGAGAGGCAACCCAGGGAGGAGUUCAUUUGGCUAUGUUCUGAGAAAUGAGGAAGGGAAUAUUGUCUAUGCAUGUGGCAAAGAGAUCCAAGAAGGAACAAAUACAGAAGCCGAAGUGAAGGCCAUUUUAGAAGCUUUGAAGUAUUGUGUGGACAAUGACUACAUACUCAUCGACAUGCAUACAAACUCGAUGAUAAUCAAGAAUGUGUUACAAGGGGUGUGGUCUAUACCAUGGACAAUUGCAACUGAAGUGAGGGCCAUUUUAGAACUAAUGGAAAGGUGCAAUUUGAAGCUCUCACACACACUCAGGGAAGGCAACCAACUAGCAGAUCACAUUGCUAAUUAUGCCUUAGAUGCAGGACCAAUGGAAUGUCACUCUUUCUGCGAUUUGGAUGUGAAGGGGAAGAAAAUUGUGAAUAGUGAUAAAUUACAACGCCAUAUUUAA